CUCUCGUCGCAUUGCAAUUGCGUCUGAUGUUCAGAUUGCUUGGUCAUAUUCAGGGCUUCUCCUGGUGACGCAGUGUCUCGUUGGUCUUGGAUGUCCAAGCCUGCCGAGGCCCCAAACACCCCUCUUAACAUUAAACACCUCACGGACUAGGGGCACCACAGACCGAGCUCCGGUAUGAAGUGAUGACGGUCUCCUCACUCUUUUCUCUCCUGCUGGCGCUCGCUGUCACGCUAUGGAGCUCACAAGUUUCAGCAUCCUCGGACUAUCAUGAACAGCUUUUCCUUCAACCGCUCCCUCAAUCCUCCCUCCUAGCCUCGUUCAAUUUCCGGGGUAACACCUCCCAGCAAUCGUUUGACAAUCAGCACUUUCAAUACAUCCCACGGGCUCUUGGCCAGAUUCUCCAACACGCUCACACCAAAGAGCUACAUCUUCGCUUUAGUACUGGACGAUGGGACGCUGAAAGUUGGGGCCCUCGGCCGUGGAAUGGUAGCAAGGAAGGAGGGACCGGUGUUGAGCUUUGGGCAUGGAUUGACGCGGCAGACGACGAGGAAGCAUUUGCAAAGUGGAUAACUUUGACGCAAUCCCUGUCCGGCCUGUUCUGCGCAUCGCUGAACUUCGUCGACUCCACCCGUACAACUCGUCCUGUCGUUUCUUUUGACCCCACUGGUGAUCAUUCGAACGUUGAUGGACUGCACCUUCUCCACGGAACCCUCCCUGGAGAGGUCGUCUGCACAGAAAACCUGACCCCCUUCCUGAAGUUGCUUCCAUGCAAGGGCAAAGCUGGGAUCUCAAGUCUCUUCGACGGUCACAAAUUGUUUGAUGCAGCAUGGCAAAGUAUGUCGGUGGAUCUGCGGCCAAUCUGUCCCUCGGAUGGCGACUGUGUUGUCCAGAUCGAGCAAACCGUGGACAUGGUUUUGGAUAUAGAACGCUCCAAGAGAUCCCGGUCCAACCCGAUUCCACGUCCUGUUCCAAAUGAUCAAUUGCUUUGCGAUACAUCCAAGCCCUAUAAUUCGCACGACACUUGCUACCCUCUCGAGAAGGCGAGUGGGAAUGCCUGGAGCCUGCAAGAAGUGUUUGGGCGAACCUUGAACGGCGCUUGCCCUCUUGCGCAAUCAGAGGACUCAAGCGAACAGCCCGUCUGCCUUCGUGUGCCCCAUGAGCGCCAAGUGUUCCACUCUGAGGGUGCAGUGGAACACAAGAAGGCGGAUGGGUUUACUCGUUGCUUCUCCUUAUCAUCUUCACAACCUUUCGAUCUAUCGAUCCCAGAACAAGCCGUGCAGACUGAAGUUCCACUUGAGGAACCAGUCCUCCAUGCAGAGCGAACCAUUGUUGGCCAUGGCCAGGAACGUGGCGGCAUGCGAAUCAUCUUCGUCAACCCUUCCAAAACCGCCGAUGUAGACUUUAUUUUGUUCGAAUCUCUGCCAUGGUUCCUCCGGCCCUAUAUCCAUACGCUGCAGGCGACUAUCACGGGCCCGGACGGUUUGCCUCGAGAAGUCCCUGCGUCCGAGCUCGUGACUGGCACAUUUUACCGACCCGCGAUCGAUCGCGAGCGCGGUACCCAGCUGGAGCUGGCAUUGUCCGUUCCAGCUGCCUCGACUGUCACAUUAACGUAUGACUUCGAGAAAGCUAUCCUAAGAUACACGGAAUACCCGCCAGAUGCCAAUCGCGGAUUCAAUGUUGCACCUGCCGUUAUCCGAAUCCUGAAUUCGCCGGAUAGCGCCUCUAUCUAUAUUCGAUCGACCAGUCUACUUCUGCAGCUGCCGACCCCCGACUUCAGUAUGCCGUAUAACGUGAUUAUUCUCACUAGUACUGUGAUUGCACUUGCGUUUGGCACUGUCUUCAACAUUCUGGUGCGACGAGUUGUGUCGGUGGACGAGGCGGCUGCGCUCGGCGCUCAGAGCCUCAAGGGCAGGAUUCUGGGCAAGUUGGUGGCUAUUCGUGACCGGCUCAAGAAGAAGGAGACGAAGGUUGAGUAGCACACUGUACAAUGAUUUAUCUCUUUUUUUAUCAUAAAUUCACAGCGCUCCAUUUUGACAGUUAGAUCCUAGAAAACCUAGCAUACAAUAUUCUUUGUUACUAAUAUACAUAUACGCAUCCUAGGCA